AUGUAAACAUUACAGAAUAGAUAUUAAUACUUGGAGAAAGAUUUUCUUGGACGUGGUUCAUUUGGAAGAGUUUAUAAAGGUAAAGAUACUUAAACCGGAGAUGCUGUAGCUAUAAAAAGUAUUAUUGAAUAUUUUGAGUUUAGUUAUGGAUAUGACUUUGUUUGAUGAUCAAUUCAUGAUUGAUGCAUUACAUAAAGAAAUAGCUAUAAUGAAAUAACUUUAACAUCCAAACAUUGUUCGACUUGUAGAUACAUUUGGUGAUUCAAAAUAAACAGUAAAAAAUAUCUAUAAUUUAUUAGGUAUUAAUAAUAGAACUUUGUGAUGGUGGAGACUUAAGACACUUUUUAAGUAGACACUAAGGAAUGUUAGAUGAAGUUUUAGCCUAAUAAGUGUUAUAAUAAUUAAUGCUUGGAUUCUAAGAGAUGACAAAAGCAGGAUAUAUUCAUAGAGAUAUAAAACCAGAAAAUUCACUCAUUCAUAAGAAUAUUCAUAAGGUUGCUGACUUUGGAUUUGCUACUAAAGCUGAUAUAACAGGUAGAUAACUAAUUAGAGAUUGUGUUGGAACUCCUAUUUAUAUGGCACCUUAACUCCUUCAAAAUACCGCAUAUACAGCUAAAUGUGAUAUUUGGUCAAUUGGAGUGAUGGCUUAUGAAAUGCUUUAUGGUAGAUAACCUUGGCCUUGUAGAGAUCUCAACUCUUAUCUAUUAAACAUUAAAUCAUCACCAUUAAAAUUUCCAAUUGAAAAAAAAGUUUCAGAAUAAUUCAAAGAUUUUAUAAAAAAAUGUUUGACUAUUGAUGAAAAUUAAAGAAUAGGGUGGAAUGAUGUUUUUAAACAUGAUGUACUUAAAAUAUCAUAAAAUGAUAGAUAAUAUGUAUUAAUAAAUUUUAUUCCUUAGGAUAACUUUUAAGUUGAUGAAAUUUCUAAACAAAUUUUAGCUAAUAUAUAAAAGAUUAUUUAAGCUAAGAAUCUAAAUUUGGAAUAACAAUUCAAAAUAUUUGAUUAAGAUAAAGGAGGAAAUUUAGAUUUAAAUGAAUUUUAUAAUUUUAUAUAAGCAUUAGAUUCAAGAGUAACUCAUAAAGAAGUUGAACAUUUAUUUAAAUUGGUAGAUAAAAGUGGAGAUUAAAAGGUUAGCAUUGAUGAAUUUAAAAAAUUAUUUUGUGAUUAUGAUUACUCUAAUUUAAAAGAUGUAGCUGAAAGGCUUAUUGUUGAUCUAAAAGAAAUUAUUAAAGCUAAUAAUUUGAAAAUUGAAGAUAUUUUCAAAAAUUUUGACAAAGAUUAGUAAGGUGAUUUAGAUUUUGAUGAAUUUACUAAAUUAUGUCGUACUGUUGCACCAGCAUUAAAAAAUGAAGAAAUUCAAGUUGUCUUUAAUAAAUUUGAUAAGAAUAAUGAUAAAAAAAUUAGUUUUGAUGAAUUUAAGAGAGAACUUUCAUAUGGAACUGAUUAAGAUUCAAAGUUUAAUCCAGCUAAAGAAAAAGCUAAUGUAUUAUAUAUUAUUUAAUAUUUUUAGAAAAUACUUUCUGAAUUAGUGAGAAUUGUUAAAUAAAAUAAUUUAAAAAUUGAGUAAAUAUUCCAGAAUUUUGAUAAAAAUAAGAAUUAAAAAUUAGAACUUGCAGAAUUUUAAUAAUUGUGCAAGGUCAUGGAUAAUUCAUCAACAAUUGAAGAACAAACUCUUGUUUUUUAACUUGUUGAUAAAAAUUAAGAUAAUUUAGUAGAUUUUUAAGAAUUUGCAGCAUUAUUCAAGUGAG